CUUUCAUGUGAUUUACAGUGCCUAAGCUUUAUUUGCAUGUAUUUAUAUGCAGCAUAUCCCCUCCUUCAUUUCCAUUGUCCCAAUUCCCAACACAUUUUUGUCUGUAUGUGUAUCUAAGUUGUGAACAUGAAGCAAAGCUUUCUUUCUAGUCUUCUUCUUCUCUUCUUAGUGUUUCUUUACUCUUCUUCCCAUUUAUCUUCUCGUCUCAUUGCAGACAAACCAGGAAAAGAAGAGGUAGAGCUUACUCAAAUCACAUAUAUGGAAGACACUGAAGUGAUGAAUCAACUAUUUGGGGUAGAAGCUUGUGAUACUGGAGAUGAUGAGUGCUUGAGGAGAAGAAUGAUCUCAGAGGCUCACUUGGACUAUAUUUACACCCAGCACCAUAAACCUUGAAGAGACUACUACUGCAUGUAUAUUAUUAUCAUUACAUAAACUAAGGAUUUGAAAAAAAUAUGUCUGCUUUUGUUCCGUGUAUAAUUAAGCUCUUCUGGUUAAGGUUUAUGAUCGUAUGUAUGCUAGUCUAAGCUUAAAUAUGAUGAUUAAUGUAAGAAUUAAACCCUAAUUAUGUAGCUAAAUGGUUUUAUUUU